UGGUUCUUCGCAGUGAAACGCCAACGUCUGAAUAUUCACAUCUCACAUCUCUCGGCUAGUUGCUUUGAUAACGCCAAAUGGAGUAGUUGGAGCGGCAUGACAGUCUCCAGCCAAUGGUUAAGGGCCAUUCUCUUGGCCGUGCAGCUGUGGCAAGUGUGCCUGUCCCUGUCCCUGGAACAACUCUGCAACUAUUGGCCCGGCAGCGGCUACGUUGGCGACCCCGGAGACUGCAAAAGCUGGGGCUAUUGCAAAAAUAAUAAGCUUGCGGCUCGAGGACACUGCCAGGAUGAUUUGUAUUAUGAUUCGCUGUCUGGCAAGUGUGACAAAGCCCAUCUGGCACGAUGUGCUCCUCAGCACUGGGAGCUCUGUGCAGGGAGACAGAGCGGAGAGUUUGUGGCCGACCCGUUGGACUGCAGAGCAUACAAUAAAUGUGAUAACGAGGGCAAUGAUGAUGGGCUGAGGCUCUGUGCCGAAGGCUUUGUGUUUAGCAACAGGCUGCAGACAUGUGUUUCGAGUGCCAACGGAUGUCCACAGGAAACUUUUUCCAUAUGUGCCUACAUGCAAAGUGGCACCACCGUCGGCGACCCACUGAACUGCGGCCUCUACCUGGAGUGCGAGGGCGGCAGAGGCACGAGGCGGGCCUGCACCGGUGCUCGUUAUUACAACUACAAGACUCUGCGCUGCCAGCCCACUCAGCCCGAAUACUGUCCAAAUGACGAUAGUAGCUACAGGCCCGUCAGGCACCCACCUCCGGCCGUAGACGUCUCGGUGUGUGCUAGGUUUUACGAUGAUGACCACUCCGGCAUUCAGCUCAUUUCGGAUGGCCUGACUUGUCACGGCUACUACCAGUGCAGCUCAAAACAUUUUGUCGGCAAGUGGCACAGCUGUCCACACGGCACACACUUCCAAUGGUGGAGUCAGAGGUGUGUAAGCCCCCAAGCCUACAGCUGCCCUUACGAUCGUUGCGGUAAUCUAAACUCGACUUUUGUCACCGCAAUAAACACAGGCUGCACCCAAUACAUUCACUGCUACAAUCAGAUAUCCCAGAACAUCAUCCAGUGCCCAGAAGCCUACCCCUACUUUGAUGAGCGUGGAGGUGUCUGCAGCAAAUACUUUCCAAAUUACAUUGUGUGCUACAUGGAAAACUAAAGUGCUACUUCUUCUCUUUAAUAAAUCCCAAACAUUUAUAAUAAUUAUAUGCCUUGCUCUACAAAGAGACAAUGCUGAGAUUACUCCUUUUGCCUUGUUCUGGUUGCUUAGAGUUCUUGGGUAGACCGCAAAGUUAAUGAUUAAUUCAUUCAUUUAAUAUCUCAAAGGAAGUCGCAAGCAAAACAUGGAAUGCCCAAAGGGCAGAGACCGAAUCAGAAUCAGCAAAUAGCGGCAAUGAAUCCGUAGACCAAAAUUUAUGCCUAACCAACAUUUUCAGCGUAUUUUUCACACUCCCAUUUUAAUGGGACGUAGUUAGGGACGGGCCCCAGCUGGCGCUCAAUGUGUUUUGAAGGACUUUCUUCUUUUUUGUUUCCAUAAUUCCGCGCAGCUCGCGCAAAACUGUAGAAGAUGCACAAAAACUUUAACAAUAUUCGAGGGUUGUUAGUCAGCUCACCAAGGACUUUAUACUUUUUCCUAACUCAUAAAGUGGCUUUAGCAGGGAGUGAUUGUUCAGCAGGCGACAUAUAACGAAUUUAAAUGAUAGCGGUAGAAAUAAAAUUAUAUAAAAUUGUUAUGUACUUAUUUAUAUAUAA